UCGGCCGCCCGCCGCACUGUGGGCUCGGCACUCACUCUGGCAGGCGGCCUGUACAGCUGGCUCCCUGCGCUCCGGGAGCCCCGCUUGCUCAAAGAACACUCUGUUUCUCCCGUUUCUCGACUCGACGGCGACAUGGGUGUCCCCAGGGUGCCAGAGGCCAGCGGCCCGUGCUGGGGAACCCUGCUCCUUUUCCUGGCUGCAUCCAGAGGUCUGGCAGCAGCCUUCAAGAUUGCCACACCUUAUUCUUUGUACGUGUGCCCUGAGGGGCAGAAUGUCACCCUCACCUGCAGGAUUCUGGGCCUUGUGCCCAAAGGGCAUGGCGUGACCUUCUACAGGCAGUGGUACCUCAGCUCACGAAGUGAGGUUCAGGUGUGCAAGGAACACCAGCCCAUACGCAACUUCACAGGCCAGCACCCACAUGCACACCAUGGAAGUCACCAGGCAGCCAAUGUCAGCCAUGACCAUGCCCAGGCACAUGGGCUAGAGCUAGCUUUCGACAACCACGGUAACUUCUCAAUCACCAUGAGCAAUGUGACUCAGCGGGACAGUGGCCUCUACUGUUGUCUGGCAGUAGAAUUCAAACACCAUCACCCAGAACAACGGCUCUACGGGUACAUGGAGCUGCAGGUACUGACAGGCAAAGAGUCUCUAUCUACAUGUACUGCGUACAAGUCAAAUGAACAGGACAGUGACAGCAUCACUGCUGCGGCCCUGGCCACGGGUGCCUGCAUCGUGGGGAUCCUCUGCCUCCCACUCAUCCUGCUCCUGGUCUAUAAGCAGAGGCAGGUGGCCUCUCACCGCCGUGCCCAGGAGUUGGUGAGAAUGGACAGCAACAACACCCAAGGAAUUGAAAACCCAGGCUUUGAGACUACUCCACCCUUCCAGGGGAUACCUGAGGCCAAGACCAGGCCCCCACUGUCCUAUGUGGCUCAACGGCAACCUUCAGAGUCAGGGCGGCACCUUCUCUCUGACCCUGGCACACCUUUGUCUCCUCCAGGCCCUGGGGAUGUCUUCUUCCCUUCCCUGGAUCCAGUCCCUGACUCCCCUAACUCUGAAGCCAUCUAAACCAGUUGGGGACCAUGGACAAUGGUACCUGGUCAGGGUCAGAUGCAUUUGAUCUAUGGCUGGCCCUUUGACAGACCUUUAGGCAUCGAUCUCAGCCUCCUCGCUCCUAUUCUGAGCCUAGACUCUGCUUUACAAGAUGCUCGGACCCUCCCCGU